CUUUUUUUUUCUUCCUUUCUGAAUUACUUUACUCCCAACUCAUUUGGCAGAACUCAAUGGCUUAAAAUUGUCCCACAUUGGCCAAAACACAUAGAAAAAACAAGAACGUGAGUAUAAAUACACAAAUGUGAUACCUCAAUAAAACCAAGCAGUUGCGUGAUAAGCACAAAGCGAACUAUUCUUUCGCCUUUUACUAAAGAAUACCGUGUGCUUUCCACAUAGAGCAACAUACUCUAAUUUUUUAAAGGGAUUUUCUUUUACAAGAAAUCCCAACAAUUAAGUUUCAAUUUUAAUAUAUAAAUAUAAAUUUAUGUUUAUUUAACUAACAUUGACUGUACAGUUUUUUAAAACAAGUUUUACUACUAAAUAUAAAUAAAUUAGUUGUUCUUUUGUUCUUGUUAAUAACUACUUACUUUUCUGCUAAUUAUAGCCAUUGAUAUUAGAUAGGAUUCGAUGUGCUUGCUUUACUAUAUUUAUAUUUAUAUAUACACAUGGGUUAAGAAGUUGACUGUUAGAAAAUAUUUUCUUGUUAAGAAAAAAAAUAAGAACAACAAUUAGAGUUUUUAAAAUGAUAUCUCUGUCAUCAUUACUACGGUUUAAAACUUUUCACAGAGUUAUUUUAAUUUGUGCCAUUGUUUUUCUCAUUGGAGAUUCUCAAGGUUUGUUAUCACAUUUUCAACUCUUACAAUAGAGUACCAAAUAAUUUGAGCCAAAGCCAUCCCAUACAAAUUUCAUAUAUAAACAUGUUGAACUAAAGUUCUCACAUUUAUAUUUCUUCACAAUUGAUUUUUUUUUUUUUUUUUUUUUUGGUGUUUGUUGUAUAGCCCUUGAAAAUGAAGAAAUGAACAUUAAGAGAUCUGACUUUCCCAAUGAUUUUGCAUUUGGAGUUGCUACUUCUGCUGGACAGAUAGAAGGAUCAGCAAAUAAAGGUGGAAGAACACCAAGUGUUUGGGACACCUAUGCUGCAAUCCCAGGUAACAUUGAAGAUGGAAGUAACCCUUCUACAGCUAUAGAUUCUUAUAAUAGAUACAAGGAAGAUAUAGAGUACAUUAAAGAGCUUGGAACUAAUUACUAUCGGUUUUCCAUCUCAUGGACCCGGAUUUUGCCUAAGGGUUCACUAAGAGGUGGAGUAAACAAAGAAGGCAUUGAUCACUACAACAAUCUAAUUGAUGAAUUGAUUAGUAAUGGCAUUACACCCUUUGUGACAAUAUUACACUUUGACACCCCACAAGCUCUAGAGAACAGAUAUGGAGGCUUCUUGAAUGGUUCAAUUGUGGAUGAUUUCAAGGACUAUUGUGAACUUUUGUUCAAAACAUAUGGAGAUAGAGUAAAAAAUUGGAUCACAAUAAAUGAACCAUUUGUGGUUGCACUUGGAUAUGACAUAGGGCUAGCACCUACUAGUAGAUGCUCAUUGCCACCACCCAUUGGUCCAUGUAAGGCUGGUAACUCAUCCAUAGAACCUUACAUUGUUGCCCAUAAUCUCAUCCUUGCUCAUGCUAGAGCUGCUAAGCUCUACAAAAAGAAGUAUCAAGCUCUACAAGGUGGCCAAAUUGGAAUCACCCUUGUUGGAGAAUUUAUAGAGUCUUUAAAUCCUGAAUGUUUGGAAGAUAAAGCGGCGGCAGAAAGAUAUGUGGAUUUUCUCCUUGGAUGGUUUGUGGAACCAUUGGUAUUUGGAGAAUAUCCAUUAACAAUGAGAACGAUAGUAGAAGAGAGAUUGCCCACUUUCACUUCAAAAGAUAAAAACUUGGUUAAGGGAUCUGUUGAUUUUAUUGGGUUGAACUACUAUACCUCAAAAUAUGGUACUAAUGCAAAACCCAUGGAACCAACCCACUACCUAGGUGACUUUUCAGUAAAGACUUCAGUUGAGAAAAAUGGAAUUCCAAUUGGUCCAAAGGCUACAGGAACUAACAAUAUUUAUAGUUACCCUCAAGGGUUGCAGAAACUUUUGGAGUUCAUGAGUCAAAAGUAUCAAAAUAUCACUAUUUACAUCACUGAAAAUGGAAUUCCUGAGGCAAGUGUUCCAGAUCGCCAUUUGGAGGAUUAUGUCAAUGAUGACUAUCGAAUUAUGUUCAUUCUUCAACAUCUAUACUAUGUCAACCAAGCUAUCAAGAAUGGAGUAAAUGUGAAAGGCUACUUCUACUGGUCUUUAUUUGAUAGCUUUGAAGGAGAACAUGGGUAUAACACAAGAUUUGGGUUAUUUUUUAUUGAUUACAACAAUAACUACAAACGCAUUCCCAAAAAGUCUGCUAAAUGGUUACAUUGUUUCCUCAAACACAACAUAACCCAACCUUCAACACUCUUAGAAGAAUCUUCCAUGUUUGGUAGCAACACCACCCAGAAGAACAAUGAAUCCCCUAAUGGUACCCUUACAACGGCUGCUGUUUCCAUUAUCGGUACCUUCAUCGGCUUCUUCGCCUUGUUUGUGCUCCCUACUUUUUGUGAGACGGAAGAACAACUAAUGAUGAACCAAUCUUCAUUUAACUAAUAGGGAAUAUUCAUUUAACAAU